AUGGCCUUUCCAACCAUGAACAGUAUGGUAACGAACUCACAUGGUCCGGUGCUGUGUAGAUUUGGUACAACCGUACCUAGAGAUGCUGCGCUUGGAGCAGUGGGGUUUCUGCUGUUACAGGUGAUAUUUAACUCCGUACUUUUCAUCGCCGUAAUUUUGAAGGUGCGUUACUCAAACGAACAAAAGGAUAUCUGGAUUGCCAAAAAACACGCGACAACCAAUUCCAAAGGGUCUACAAUGUUGGAAUGCAACAAAAAAUGCUUUGUUUGGAAGAUGUUGUAUCUUCUACUGAUAUGUAUCUCCAUGUACAUCUGCUUGUACUUCUACGCUCCUGGGUACCUCGGAGCAAUACGAGGGAACGUUGUAUACAAAGAAGCGGUUCAAGACUUUCAAGUGGUUGAAUCGAAGUUUGUGUUGCAUGACCAGUUCGUGUCCGUAUCACACAGCCUCAAGCAGGACAGAAGCCAGAAAACAGACAGCGUCACGGAAGUUCCUGCCACCAAUGAAACCAUCGCCGCCGCCUCAAGGGCUUCGAAUUGGACCCAACCAAAAAAGCAUUCACUGGUCAUCGAAAACGACGACAAUACUCUAUUGGGGACGUUUAAAUCAAGGAUUCUCUCAAACUCAACAUUGCCAUUACUUACACUCUUUACCUCAUGGAAUGAAAAUCAAGAAAAACAUCUUGUUCAUAACCUUACUCUCAUAAACUGGCGGUCAUUGCACCCUUACGUGAUUCCCGUGGUUUUUACUAAUGAGAGCUCAGUUAUCAACGAGUGUAACAAGGCGGGAGUCACGACGUUGCCGCUUUCAAAUGUUGCAGCAGACGGCAUUCCCGUGCUAAAGUAUAUGUUUCGUGACGCAAUGGACCAUUUCAAUACGUCAUUCUAUGCGUUCAGUAACGGCGAUAUACUUUUCACAGAUACAUUGAUACGCACGUUAGCUCAUAUGAUUCACUCUACAACGGGAAAUUUGAGUAAGCCUGUUUUAAUUGUUGGACAGAGAACUAACGUCGAAAACGUCACGUUUGAGGAAGGCUUACACUGGGAAAAUAUUACCCGCAUUUCAAAAAGAAGAGGCAAAUUGUUUGGAGGUUGGGCGGAGGACUACUUUAUUACUACGCCGUCCUAUUCAUGGAAUAAGGUAGCGGAGGUUGUGAUAGGGCGGAGGGCGUAUGACAACUGGCUUGUGUAUAAUGCGAGAAAAAUGAAAUACACUGUCAUAGACGCUACCGAUACACUAGUGGCUGUACAUCAGACCACAAAGGCAGGGAAUUUUGAAGGUUUCAGUCACUCUAAUAGGGACUACAAUCACAAUUUAUUGGCCAAAAUGUAUACAAGAACACCAUACCAUGCCGGUGUUGUAGGUUGUAUAGAAAUGUAUACUCAAUAUGACUUAAAACAAUUUAAGGUUAAAGUUAGAAAGGUUCCUGCUCAUUGUAGCGUGUUAUAUAUUUAGAAUUUGUUAUUUCAUGUAGAUUUUUUUCGGCGUUGCUGCCUAAGCUCUA